CACAAUCCGCAGCCCCUGGGUCUGUGCAGUGACCAGCCAGUCCCUGAGAACUUUCCCCUCCAGCACUAGGGAAAAUGGGAAUUUUGCUCCUUGUGAUUUUCGCUGUAGCCGCUUUGGAAGGUGUCCGGUCCCAGGCGCUGGUGGAGUCCGGAGGGGAUGUGAAAAAGCCCGGAGACUCUCUCCGCCUCUCCUGCAAAGCCUCCGGUUUCACCUUCAGCAGCUACUGGAUGUACUGGGUCCGCCAGGCUCCCGGGAAGGGACUUGAAUGGGUCGCUACUAUAAGCUACGAUGGGAGUAGUACAUAUUACCUCGAUUCAGUGAAAGGCCGAUUCACCAUCUCCAGGGACAAUCCCAACAACCUGCUGUAUCUGCAAAUGAGCGGCCUGAAGCCCGAGGACACCGCCCGCUAUUACUGUGCGAGAGACACAGUGACACGAAACCGGUUUGUGACCCUACAAAAACCCAAGGCCAGGCCUCAGGUGCAGCUGGUGGAGUCCGGAGGGGAUGUGAAAAAGCCCAGGGACUCUCUUCGCCUCUCCUGCAAAGCCUCCGGCUUCACCUUCAGCAGUUAUCUCAUGGACUGGAUCCGUCUGGCCCCCGGGAGGGGGCUGGAGUGGCUGGCCAGAGCGGCUGCCCAGGGGAGCGCCUACUACGCUGAUUCCGUGCAAGGGCGAUUCACCAUCUCCAGAGACAACGCCAACAGCCUGGUGCAUUUGCAAAUCAGCGGCCUGAGAGCGGAGGACACGGCCCGGUAUUUGUGUCAGAGACACACAGCCAGCGACCUAGGACAAAAACCGAGCGCUGUCUGA